UCAGUGACGUCAUCAGGCGGCGGCGCACUCCUGUUUGUUGUGAAUCUACUCGAGAAAGAACAGCAGAUUAUUAUAAAGAUGGCGUUUAUUAAAGAGGAGAGUGAAGACAUCAAGAUUGAAGAAACAUUCACAGUCAAACAGGAAGACAUUGAAGAUAUUUUGAGAGUGAAACAUGAAGAGAUUGAAGAAACAUUUACAGUCAAAAAAGAAGACCCUGAGGAACAGACAGACCCGAUGCCAUUCAAAGAGGAGAGUCUAGAUCAGAAUGAAGUAGAAGAGAAGGAUCUUUAUGAAGGAUGUCGUGACUUGAAUCGGAACAGUCGAACACCCCCUCCUCAUGGAAAAAGAGCCCAGAAAGCUAAACCCUACACCUGCCAUCUCUGCGGGAAAAGUUUCACGCGGAAAAAGAUCGUUACAGACCACAUGAGGCUUCACACUGGAGAACGGUUUUACGAUUGUCAACAUUGCGAAAAGAGUUUCGCUUGGGAACAAAACUUUAGGCACCACAUGAGGAUUCACACUGGACGAAAACCUUACGUCUGCCAACAGUGUGGAAAGAGUUUCACUUGGAAACAAAACCUUAGAGAGCAUGUGAUGAUUCACACUGGAGAAAAGCCUCACAACUGCCAAGAGUGUGGAAAGAGUUUCAUAAAGAAAAAUAAACUUACAGAACACAUGAAGGUUCACACCGGAGAAAAGCCUUACACAUGUCAACACUGCGGAAAGAGCUUCUCCAUUAAGGGGAACCAUAGAAGACAUGAGUUAUGUCACACUAAAACAAGCCUUGCUCCUGAGAAGAGUGUGGAAAGAGUUUAAGACAGGGGUCAACACACUUGUUACUGGAGGGCCGGUGUCCUGCAGAGUUUAUCGUCAACCUUAAUCCAACACAGCUGAACGAGCCUAGGUCUUACUAGUAAGUAAGGUCUGACUAGGUACACUUGAAACUUCCAAGCAGGUGUGUUGAGGGAUGGUGGAGCUAAACUGCAGGGACACCGGCCCUUAUGAACAAUUACUUGAUUCCCAUGAGAUGCUUGAAAUAACUUAACAAUGCAGACGCCAAUAAUUGAGUCUGGGCUCGUUUUUUCAAAAGGUUUAAUCCGGAUUCAAUUGAUCCAGAUUUAGUAAUGUUUUUUGCGAUCCGUGAUCACGUAAUCCAGCUUACUUUUUAAGCCAGUUAUUCAAAGCAAUAUGGGAUUGGAUCAAUCUGAUCUGGAUAUGAACUUUUCAGGAUCACUAAAUCUAGAUAACCAGUGCUCAAACAGGAUAGGAAAUCACAAUGUAGGACUGUAGAUAUGAAAAGAGCAACACGUAGAAAAACCAGCGUGGGGUCAGUAUAACUUUAUUUUUAUUUGAAAUGAAAACACACACACACAUUUAAAAAACUGAAAACAAGUGAAACCCCAGCCCAUCCUCUUCCAGCAGCCCGCUCAUCUGAGGCCUACAACACAAACACUGGACAGUGAAGAUAUUUAUAACAAGCAUCAAAUAUAGAUUUUUUUAGUUUAAAAAAAGACUUAAUGUCAAAAACUCCACAGUAAUUUCAGACUUCCUCAUCUGAUGUGGAGAGAGCAGCUUGUCUGUGCAAAGCCAUUAGGAGGCGGAUGUCAAGUCUGGCCUUGGUUUGCUGCAGUUUGGUCAGUCAGUUGUUCCUCUGCCAGAUGAAGCUGUGCUUCUGCCCUUUCAGUCUCUUUCUGCAGUUGUUGAAAGUGAUUUU